AUGACAAGUGAGAACAAUAACACAGUUAUUGAGUUCAUUCUUCUCGGACUUUCAUCUGACCCGAGCGUACAAAUAAUAUUAUUCCAUCUCUUCCUGGUUGUCUAUACGGCAACGUUGGCUGGGAACGUUCUACUCAUGGUUGCUGUAAGAACAGAUAGUCGACUACACAGACCAAUGUAUUUUUUCCUCACUAAUCUGUCUUUCAUGGAUAUCUGCUACACAUCAAUCAUCGUUCCUAAGAUGCUUGCCGAUUUCUUAGCUACGAGGAAAAGUAUUUCUUUCAUAGGUUGCAGCGUACAGAUUUACUUCUACCUUUUCCUGGGUGAAAGCGAGUGCAUUCUUUUGGCUUUCAUGGCUUAUGAUCGGUUUGUUGCAAUCUGUAACCCCUUACGCUACAGCACACUGAUGAACAUUCGAGUUUGCGCUAGGAUGAUCACUGUUGUAUGGAUGAUGGGCUGUAUUAUAUCCUCAGUUGACAUUUAUUUUAUAGUUCCAUUAGCUUUUUGCGGUCCAAACAUCAUUGAUCAUUUCUUUUGUGAAGCGCCAUCUCUACUGCAAUUGUCCUGUAGUGAUAUUUCUAUAAAUAACAUUUUAAGAUUACUCGGAAGUGCCAUACUCCUUCCUGUUCCCCUGGUCCUAAUUCUAUUUUCUUAUAUUCAAAUUAUCAUGUCUAUCCUGAGAAUACAUCAUGGGCAAUACAAAUCAUUUUCUACAUGUUUCUCACAUCUUGUAGUGGUGGUAAUUUUUUACGGGACGGCCAUGUUCAUGUACAUGCGCCCAAGGCGUUCAGUAACAGAUGCUACAGAUAAAAUGGUAUCGUUAUUUUAUACAAUUAUUACACCGAUGUUAAACCCUGUAAUUUAUAGCUUGAGAAAUAAAGAUGUACACAAAGCAUUGAGGACAUUAAAGCAACGCUCUCUAUUUGUUUAA